AUGGCGACUUACGGGGAAAGCAUGAAAUCUUAUUUUGCGAGUAACGGUCGAACCAGAGAACUGCAGGGUCAUUCUUCUAAAGUACAUUCCGUGGCUUGGAGCUGUGAUGGCCGGAAACUCGCCUCAGGCUCCUUUGACAAAACAGUUAUCAUAUUUGUGCAAGACAAAGACAGAUAUGUGAAAGACCUGACCUUCCGUGGCCAUGGGGACAGCGUGGACCAGCUGUGCUGGCAUCCCACUCAUCCAGAUCUGUUAGCCACAGCCAGUGGGGACAAGACAGUUAGGAUCUGGGACGCUCGCUCGAAUCGCUCUGUCUCUACCAUCAACACCAAAGGAGAAAACAUCAACAUCUGUUGGUCACCAGAUGGCAGCACUAUUGCUGUGGGCAACAAAGAUGACCUUGUCACAUUCAUCGACACUAAAUCACAUCGAUCAAAAGGUGAUGAACAGUUCAAGUUUGAAGUGAACGAGAUUUCGUGGAACAACGAAGGGGAUUUGUUUUUUCUGACCAGUGGUCAAGGCACCAUCCAUAUACUAAGCUAUCCAGACCUCAAGUUACAAGCCGUCCUCAAUGCUCAUCCAGCCAACUGUAUAUGUAUAGAGUUUGAUCCCACGGGGCGCUACUUUGCGACAGGAAGUGCUGAUGCCCUUGUCAGUCUGUGGGAUGUGUCAGAAUUGAUUUGUGUGCGGACUUUUUCCAGGUUAGAAUGGCCUGUUCGGACUCUCAGCUUCAGUCAUGAUGGCAAGAUGCUGGCCUCUGCCUCUGAGGAUCUGGUGAUAGACAUAGCUGAAGUAGAGACUGGUGAGAAAAUAGCUGAAGUGCCGUGUGAGUCCCCCACAUUCACCGUGGCUUGGCACCCCAAGCAGCACCUGCUAGCCUUUGCAUGUGAUGAUAAACAGAGAGACAGAGACCGAGAUCGUGAUGCAGGAACCGUGAAGAUAUUUGGACUUCCUUCUGAUCCUUGAUCAGUGAAGAAAACUGGAGCAGGAAAUCAGGAUGUGCCUGGUAACGUCUGGAAUGAUGUAGAAAACGUACAGAAAAGGAAGCAGUACCUCUUGGCAGGAAAGGCAAAAAGACUGUUUGCAUAAGCUUAACAGGGAACUGGUUAAGCAAGACUAGUAACUCUAAAGAAUGUAGCUUUCAAAACUACAGUUUUAUUGUCUUGGUCGAACAGAGACUGACAGAUUAUUUUAUUGGCCAUGUUAAGAAGUCCAUCAUCUGGUUUGCAUGGAAGAGAUUCUAUAUCAUGUCUUGUUGGCAUAUGCAAGUGAGAUUUAGCACAAUAUUUUUAUUUGAGAUGCUAAUCUGUCAGAUCUAAACAGUGGUUAACUGUGAGCGUAGAGUUUCACAACAUUGAAUUGAUAAUGAAAGGUGUAUAACAUUUAGUUUAAACGAGAUGUGUCUAAAUGAAAUGUAACUCAAUAAUGAUCCAGUUACAUUCCAUGUCUUUAUCUCGGUGUGUGCACGUUAUGAAAAAUAAAGCAGAAUGGUUUGUUCAUUGUACUGAGGGAAAGCAAGAAUGUUGUGAUGGCUGCAGACUGAUGUAGAGCAAACCUUCAUAAGCGCAAGACUAAUACUGAGCAAUUAUGUCACUGAUAUACCAUUUGUAAAGCCUUUUUAUAUUCCAUCGACUGAAAUGGGACUGCCUUUUCAUGUUCGUCUGUAAAUGCAUUGGUCUUGAAAGGUGAACCAUUGUCAUGCAUUCAUAUGUAAAUACCUCAUCAAGAUCAAAUACAUGUACACAUGUAUAUAAUCUGUAAAUAUUUCAGGUUUCUGUUAAAUUAC